AUGGGUAAUAUAAGUAUACGGGAUGCUCAAGGUAAAAACAAAACUGUGGAAUCAUUUUUAAAAUUUGAUGGAACUACCACUUCAUAUCCUUUUCUCUCUACCACACAAAAUCUGACUUCCACCAUACAAAAUCUUACUACCGCCAAACAUGUCUAUGAAAACAUCGCACCUGUUACUCUUCUGUUCAGUUUUGGAGUUGUUGGAAACGCCAUAGCUCUAUUUGUUUUGUACUAUUCUGCGAAGAAUCACAAAUGGCGCCCGUUCUACAGACUUGUGUGUGGACUAGCUAUAUCUGAUGGCGGAGGGAUACUAGCAUCAUAUCCGUUUGCGGAGUACCGCUAUAUUUCGAAUUUCGAGUACACGUUUCCUAAACCUCUGUGUGAUUACCUGGGCUUUGUGUUCAUGUUCACAUUAAUGUCGUCAGCUAUGAUCGUCUGUUGCAUGUCGUUUGACCGCUUCUUUGCAAUAUUCUUUCCCUUUCUUUACAACACGCCAACAAAGGAGCGUCGAGCUAUGGUUAUGCUGGGAUGUGUGUGGCUACUCUCCGGAAUCAUCAGUUCACUACAUUUGUAUGGAUUAGGCGCCAGUAAGAACUAUUAUCCGGGUUCUUGGUGUUUCCUGGAUUUUAUUGACAUGUCGUCAAAAGCAAAGGUGAUUUACUCCUACGUCUAUGCCACAACUGGGGCAGUGGUUGUUAUUUUGACUGUGCUAAUUAACUUUCUUGUGAUCGUCUUCUUCAUUAAAAAUAAAUUUAAGAAAGCUGUUGCCAAGAGCAACAGGAAUGACCUUCCGAUUCUCCUCUUUCUUUUGAUGAUUGUGACAGUCUUUACUUCCUGUUGGGCUCCGCUCAUGGUGAACGUAUUCCAGCAUGCUACAUUUUAUACCGCCGGACAGGGUAAAACAGAACUUAUUUUUCUGAGGAUGGGUGUGACAAACUCCGUGAUAGACCCGUGGAUCUACAUUUUAUUUCGGAAGGAAGUGUUUGUCAUGCUAAUGAACAUAGUAAACCGUGUGUUUGGUAGACAGAAGGACACAAAGAACAAAAACAGUAUUACACAAAAGACAACAAAAACAACAGUUGCCUGA